AUUCUUUCGUCCGCUUCUCUGCUUCCUCUUCUCCCUCUGCCCCUUUUCAACAAGGCACAUACCUCUCCCUCCCCUGCUCCUUCUCCAAAAUGUCGUCUGAACAAGUCGAGCACAAGAGAGACACUCCAGCGCCACUGGAGCAUGUUAUCUCGCACAGCACUAAGGUCGAGACGUCUUCGCAGGAGAGCAUCGACGAGAAGGACCAGACUCUCUUUCAGCGUCGUCCCACCACCGAGGAGGGACUUGUGGAUGAGAAGGCCCCUGUCCAGGAUGCUGAGGAUAACAAGAAGGUCUUCGGAUUGCACCAGAGACGCUUCAGACAGCUUUCGCACUUGGUCUUCUGGUUGUGCUUCACAGCUUUCCUGAUUGCUGCCAUCAUCUUGAAUAAGAACGGCCCCAUUUCGGUCCUUGCCGUCGCCUAUGGCUUCACCACCCUGUACCUGAUCGCGGCCCAUACUCCCGACCGCACCUUUGCCCGCCCCACACAUGCCAUCUGGAACAUGGGUGCCGGCGUUGCCAGCAAGCUUCCUCUCAGAGUCCGCCAGAUCGUCGGUUACGGUAUCUUCCCGGUUGCUUUGCUCCUCACCGCCGUUGUCCGCGCCGACAACGAACACGGCACCCGCGUGCAGCGCAUCAUCUCUCUCUGCGGAUUGCUCAUCUUUCUCCUUGCCCUCUAUGCCACCUCGCGCAACCGCAAGUUGAUCCACUGGCCCACCGUCGCAACCGGUAUCGGUCUCCAGUUCUUCUUGGGUCUCUUCGUUAUUCGCACUUACAUCGGUCAAACCAUCUUCUCGUACAUCGGAGGCUUCAUGGCCACCUUCUUGGGCUUCUCUUCCAACGGAAUCGGUUUCGUUGUCGGCGAUGAUUUCAUGAAGUUGUACGGCUCCUCGUUCUUGAUCGGCGUCUUGCCCGCCAUUAUCUUCUUCGGUGCCGUCAUCCAAGUCUUGUACUACUGGAAUGUUAUCCAGACUGCCAUUGGUGCCAUGGGCAAGAUCAUCGUCUAUCUCUUUGAGAUUUCCGGUGUCGAGGUCGUCGCUGCUUGCGCUGCUCCUUUUGUUGGCAUGUCCGAGUCCGCUAUGCUGGUUGGCCCUUACCUCGAGCACGCCACCAACGCCGAGAUUCACCAAGUCAUGGCUUCUGGAUUCGCCACCAUCUCUGGAUCUGUGUACCUGGGUCUUGUCGGAUUCGGUGCUUCGCCCACUCACUUGAUCACCUGCUGCAUCAUGUCCGUGCCCUGCGCCAUUGUCACCUCAAAGAUGCGCUACCCCGAGGAGGAGGUUCCCCUGACCCGCGGUAAGGCCAUCACUCUGGAGCGUCCCGAUGCCGAGGAUUCCUUUGUCCACGCUCUCGCCAACGGUUCGAUCUUGGGUAUGCAGCUCUGCAUUGUCAUCGCUGCCGUGUUGAUCGGUUUCUUGUCCCUGCUCGGAUGCGCCAACUAUGUCCUCAACUGGGUCUUCCUAUUCUUGGGCGUCACUGACUUGAGCAUCCAGCGCGUUCUCGGAUGGUUCUUCUAUCCCUUCGCCUGGAUCUUGGGUAUCCCCUCCGCGGAUGUGUACGAGUCGUCGAAGAUGAUGGGUAUCAAGUUUGUCUUGAACGAGUUUGUCGCCUUUGCCGGUGCCCAGUCCGACGGCUUCUUCACCGAGGCCUAUUCGGCCCGUGCCCAGUUGUUGGCCACCUUUGCUUGCUGCUCCUUUGCCAACCCCUCAUCCCUGGGUUCGCAGAUCUCGCUCUUGGGCAAGAUGGCCCCUAACCGUGCUGGUGACAUUGCCCGUGUCUCGGUCUCGGCUAUUCUUGCCGGUGCCCUGAGCACGAUCAUGUCCGCCUGCAUUGCUGGCGUUGUUCUGUAAAGACGCAUAUCUUGCUAUUUCUUACUUCGCAUUGUUGUAUUUUUUUGCACAAAAUGCCAUAUAUCCUUUUUUAUAGCUUUUUUCAUUUUCUUUUCCUAUGGUCGAUUGAUAUAAUGGGGAGGGUCAUCAAUCGAUCGCGCCUGUGCUUUUAUUAAAAUACGCCCGCAAUUCCAGCCCCAUUUGUCGUAAUAAGGGCAAAUUACAACGCAACACAUCUCGCUUC